AUGAAGGACUUGAGUCCUCUCAGUUAUUUCUUGGCUAUAGUUGUUUCUCGUAACUUUGCAGGUCUAUUUUUGUCUCAACAAAAGUAUGCUGCUGAAAUUCUUGACAAAGCCGGCAUGUCUCAGUGCAAACCUGCUCCUACUCCUGUGACUACCUCUAGUAAACUUGGAGCAAACGCUGGUUCUCUGUAUGAUAAUCCUACCUUGUAUCGCAGCUUAGCCGGCGCUCUUCAGUAUCUUACUUUCACCCGUCCGGAUAUUUCUUUUGUUGUUCAACAAGUUUGUUUGUUUAUGCAUGAUCCUCGAGUUGAACAUAUGGCUGCCCUUCAUCGUAUCCUUCGAUAUGUUCAGGGUACUAUUGAUCAUGGUUUGCAACUAUACAAAUCAGCUACUUCUUCUCUUUUAUCUUAUACCGAUGCUGAUUGGGGUGGUUAUCCUGACACCCGUCGUUCCACUUCCGGUUUCUGUGUUUUUCUUGGUGAUAAUUUAAUCAUUUGGUCUGCGAAGCGCCAACCUACAGUCUCUAAGUCCAGCGCUAGAGCUGAAUAUCGCGGUGUUGCCAAUGUUGUAUCCGGGACAUGCUGGACUCGUAACUCACUUCUUGAGCUUCAUUGUCCUAUUCCUACGGCAACCCUUGUUUAUUGCGAUAAUGUUAGUGUUUUUUAUUUGUCAGGCAAUCCUGUUGAUCAACGCACUAAGCAUAUCGAAAUGGACAUUCAUUUUGUUCGUGAAAAAGUUCAGCGUGGUGAAGUUCGUGUUCUUCACGUUCCCUCUCGAUAUCAGAUCGCCGACAUUUUUACGAAGGGCCUACCACAGUUCUCUUUGAUGAUUUUCGCUCUAGUCUCAGCGUUCGCAAACCUCCCAAUUCGACUGCGAGGGUGUAUUAGAAUAAAAUCAUAUCUUGUAUAUUCUUGUAAAUCUUUUGAUUUGAUUAUUAUUUUGUAG